AUGACCAAUUCAUGUGGGAGCUCAAGAAGACCUAGACCCAGCAGGUCUCUGGCCAGGCUUGCAGCAUGCCUGCUGAUGGUGUGGUUGGCAUGGCCUUGCGAAAGAGUCCAUCUCGCCUUCAUCGAGGGCCUAGGCCUAGGCCAAGUCGAGUCACGCAACGGUCGUGGCUGGCAGACAGCGACGAAGGUCCGUGAGCGCUUGGGCAGUUUGUCUCGGAAGACCAGCAAUUCGAAGACAGGUGAUUCAAAGGGCCAGGUCAAAGCUUUAACCACCAGAAUCAAGGAAGCUCGCUCGGCCAUUGAGUUGAUGGGCAUUCUGGAUGAGACCGUGGAUGCCCCAUAUUUUGAUUACAUUCAUGCAGCAGCAGUGUACCACACCUUGGCUACAUUUCGGAGGAUGAAGGGCUCGCUGCCAUCAGGUUGUGCAGAAAGUACUGCUUUGCUUAAGCUGAACGCUCUGCUUCAGGACUUCAUCAAGCGAAGCAAGGUCGGGCCACGAGAGCUUGGCAACGUCUUCUGGGCCGUGGCCGUUUUGUUUGAUGCAGUCCCAGUGGUGACACAGCUCAGUCCAGACAUAGCCAGAGGACUUUCCUUACAGACCCACAGCAUGGAUCCCCAAGCGUUAUCUAACUGUUUUUGGGCAGCUGCGCACUUGAAGGAUGCUGUGCCUGAUGACGUAUUGAAUAUCAUACCAGCCCUCGCAAUACAAAUCCCAGAAAAGGUGGAUGAUAUGAUCCCCCAAGCUUUGUCCAACUGCCUGUGGGCAUCGGCUCAGUUGAAGGAUGUGGCACCUGAUGAUGUAAUGAGGAUCGUGCCAGCACUUGCUGUUCAAAUCCCGGGCAAAGUGGAUGACAUGAUUCCCCAGCACUUGUCCAACUGCUUGUGGGCAUCAGCUCACUUGAAGGAAGUGGUACCUGAUGUAGUGAAGAUCCUCCCAGCACUCAGUGCCAAGCUGCCAGGCAAAGCUGAUGCUAUGAAUCCACAUGAACUUGCCAACAGCGUGCACGGACUUGUGGUCCUUCAGGAUUCUGUUCCGGAGGCGCGGGAAUUGCUUCAAACAACCUCUCAGACCAAUUUCUUGAAAGCAGCUGCCUCAAAAGUCAGUGACUUGCUUCCAAAUUUGAGUGGAAACGACCUGCAUUUGGCAGUGCCUCUGACCGUUUGGGCUUGCGGAAGGACCGGGCUAGACUUCCAGCCACUUCUGACUGCGGUGGCCCGACGCUUUGGAAAAACAACGCUUUCAACUCUCAGUGACUGGGGCCUUUGCGCCUUGACCUGGUCCUACCAGAAGCUGGACCUGACUAUGCAAUUUCGAGACUUUCAGAAGGCCCUGAGAGCGGAAGUUGCGAAGAGGGGGCUGUCCGAAUCGGAUGUGGAGGGUAGUCAGACAAGCUACCUUGAGAAGACUGGACAGACCGAAAAGCAGACAGGCUGA